AUGGCGUCUCCCAGUGGGAAGGGAGCCCGCGCGCCGGAGGCUCCUAGCUGCGGGCCGCGGCCGCUCGCGCGGGACCUGGUGGAUGCUGUCGACGACGCAGAGGGACUCUACGUGGCGGUCGAGCGGUGUCCGCUGUGCAACACUACCCGCCGCCGGCUGACCUGCGCCAAGUGCGUCCAGAGCGGCGACUUCGUCUACUUCGACGGCCGCGACCGUGAGAGGUUUGUAGACAAGAAGGAAAGGUUAAGCCAACUUAAGAGCAAGCAAGAAGAAUUUCAAAAAGAAGUGUUAAAAGCUAUGGAAGGAAAAUGGAUAACAGAUCAGUUGAGGUGGAAAAUAAUGUCCUGCAAGAUGAGGAUUGAGCAGCUGAAACAAACAAUAUGUAAAGGAAAUGAAGAAAUGAAGAAAAAUUCUGAAGGCCUUCUCAAAACCAAGGAAAAGAAUCAGAAGCUUUACACUCGAGCGCAACGGCAUCAAGAGAAAAAGGAGAAGAUUCAGAGGCACAAUCGCAAACUUGGUGACUUGGUAGAAAGAAAAACCAUUGACUUGAGAAGUCAUUAUGAGCGUCUGGCACAUCUUCGGCGAUCGCAUAUAUUAGAGCUCACCUCUGUCAUUUUUCCAAUCGAGGAAGUAAAGACCGGUGUCAGAGAUCCUGCAGAUGUGUCUUCAGAGAGUGACAGUGCCAUGACCUCUAGCACUGUGAGCAAGCUUGCUGAAGCCCGGAGGACAACUUACCUCUCGGGGAGAUGGGUCUGUGAUGAUCACAAUGGGGACACCAGCAUUAGCAUUACGGGGCCCUGGAUUAGCCUUCCCAGCAAUGGGGACUACUCUGCCUACUACAGUUGGGUGGAAGAGAAGAAAACCACACAGGGACCUGACAUGGAGCAUAAUAACCCCGCCCACACAAUCAGUGCCGCAUUGUGCUUUGCAACUCAGCUGGUCAACAUUUUGUCUCAUAUACUUGAUGUGAAUCUUCCCAAAAAGCUGUGCAACAGUGAAUUUUGUGGGGAAAAUCUCAGCAGACAGAAAUUUACUCGAGCGGUGAAGAAGCUGAAUGCCAACAUUCUUUACCUGUGCUUCUCUCAGCAUGUAAAUUUAGAUCAAUUACAACCACUGCACACCCUCCGGAAUCUGAUGUACCUGGUCAGCCCGAGCUCUGAACACCUAGGCAGGUCAGGACCCUUUGAAGUGCGAGCAGACCUUGAGGAGUCGAUGGAAUUUGUGGAUCCCGGAGUUACUGGAGAAUCAGAUGAGAGUGGAGACGAGCGCAUGAGUGACGAGGAGACCGACCUGGGCACAGACUGGGAGAACCUGCCGAGCCCCCGCUUUUGUGAUAUCCCUUCCCAGCCUGUGGAAGUCUCCCAGAGCCAGAGCAGCCAGGUGUCCCCGCCCAUCGCGAGCAGCAGUGCGGGCGGGAUGAUCUCCUCGGCCGCAGCCUCGGUGACCUCCUGGUUUAGAGCUUACACUGGACACCGUUAACGAGCAUGGACCAAAACAUGCCAAAUUUGCAUCAAGAAAGUUUUUCCACUAGGCUCUGGUAAACUUCAUGUGUUUAGCUAACAUAGUGCCUGGAACAAAAGAGGUUCAACUGUUAUUUUUUUUUUAAAGCAGGGAGACAAGCAUUUCUAUUUGUCAGAUGGCCAGUGGUGGUGGCCAACAUACUUAUGAUAAUAGAGGGGUCAAAGGUCCUUCACCCAGCCUGGUGUUGGUGGAAGAAGGACCUGUGCACGUGGUCAGUUCUGUUGCGGCAGAAGUUCAUUUGGGCUCCCUCCAGUCACCGGCCACACGACCCAGAGACAGGGGCUAAGGGGUUGGUCCUCGUGACGCUGACACUGUUCCUAACACUUCACAUUUUAGAGUAUGAAUCACAAGGAAAUUGAUGACUGGGACUUGAAAGAUAAAAACUGUUUAAUAUGAGUUUGUUUUUAUGCCUUUGUUUUUUGUACAGAGAACCAGCAGGCAAUUUGAAAUACUUGACUUCUUCAUGAUUUGAUCACGUUUGGUUUUUAGGUCAAGGGUUGGGCUUGUUUGGAAGGGUUAGAUAAAUUAAUUUCAUUUGUGCUGCUCUGUCAUAGCUUGUCAGACAUUCCUGUUUUCCUUCCUCCUCACGCACCAAAGAGACUAAGGUCUUUUUUCCUGAGGCCCCACAUCCACGAAGAGAAGAAACCCUGGCUGCAGUACCGUCCUGGCCUUCUUGCAUUCUGAGGGGAAUUAAGUCCAUUCUUACCUAGAUUAUUAAUUCCUACCAUCCACACUAUGUGCAUUUUGAAAGUGAACUUAUUUUCUGUGAGUGAAAAAUAAGUCAUUAAGGUCAUUCCCUUAUGUAAGCUAAAUGCCUACCCGGGCACAGGUUAAAUCCACUUAACUAAGUGGCCUCUGGUCAUUCUUGUGGUGUCCAGUUUCUUUUAGCGGCAGGGUUUUCCAGGGAAGACCAUCCUGCUUAUUUGUUUCCUAGAGGUCACUGUUGCUCUAAGGACACCGCCUUCCCUGGGAAAUGCAGAGCAGAUGAGCACAGCUGUUAGUGUCUGCUCUGUCCCCGGGGAGGGGGAGGCGCGGAGGGAGAGCUGUUCCUCACCAUGAGCUCAUUUUCAGCCAAUGUGUCUUAUCAUUCUCUUAGUGACAAUCUUAUAAGAAAACUGUAGAGAGGCAUUAUGUACAAGUCUGUAAGUUUUUUAUUUUUAAUAACUGCAAAAAAAAUCCUGUGUAACAACUACAAAAAGAAAUCCUAUGAAAUAGACUUCCUAACAGACAUUAUUACCACAUCAUGUUAGUGUGAUCAGCUUGGUCGCACCUCAGCUACACCGUCCAGAGGCUCGCCCUGCCCUGGCCUCUUUUCUUGUUGUAAUGAUUCUAGUUGAUCCUUGGCCUCCACAUCCGAGGCUGUAUCUGUAGCCUUUGCUGCUGGGAUAUUUUAGUGGAUGGUAGAGUUUCGGGUAGAGUUGCAGAAGAAGGGUGUUUAUUCCUGUCCAGGAGUCCCAUGUUCCCUGACUAUGAAUUUUCCCCUUGUGGGUUCUUCCACAGUCGGUGUCUGUGUCAAGUGCUCAGCUUCAUGCCUGCUGGGCUUGCACUGCGUCAGCCAGGUCUGUAGUUCACCGAGAGUCGGCCGGGUAGACUUCACCAGGUUCCAGAUGAACUUAAAAUCCCAGAGAGAAGAGUUGUCGAGGCACUUCCACUCUCAAAAAGAACAGCUUAGUUUCAAGAAUGAGAAGACUAGAAUUUGGGGCUCAGGGUAGAGAUUGACUUGUGCUGAAAGACAAGCAGUCAUCCUGGUUUUCUCAGGUAAGCCUCUUGUGAAACCAUGAUGUGAGAGGAAGCUAAGGGAUGGAGUCCAGAGACCACAAACUCCUCCCUAGAUAAUUCAACAGAACUGGAAGGCUGUGGAGAGUUGAGGGUGCUGAGGCUGUAUUUUGUUGUUGUUGAUAUCGACUAGAGGCACUUUACUUAGGGUUAAAUGAUCAAACCCUUUAUGGUUUUGAACACCAACAUACUGGCUUACACUGCUGAGAUAUUUUGGUUUUAUUUUGCACUGGAUUCACCCUGUAAAUAUUCUUAAAUAUACAUUUCAACCACUGUUUUUUCUACUCUCUUUGCUGCUCAUUAAAAUCUUUCAUGUAGGUGCCAGAACCAUAUGUAAACAGCUUUUUAAAAAAAUGAAGCUGAUAUUUUUUUUAAACAAAAAGCCAUAGAACUUGGUCAUGUUUUCCAUAUUAAAGUGAUUUGUUGAAACAAGAUAAUACUAAUAAAAAUCCACAGGCACCAAAUAGGCUGCUUAAAAUGGUCUGUUAAGGAUUUUUUGUAAUGGAAUAUAACUAAGAAGAGUUUAUGGUCUGUGAGCUGGGGAGGCGGUGCCAGCAGUGGGCGGGGCAGACAGGUUUCAGCUAAGGAUUUGUGUGUUGAUGAUUUGGGAGACUAUUUGGCGGCCUGCUGUUGACAGAACCGCAGUACCCUCAUGGUGUCACGUUGCAGGAAUUUCCCACUGCUGAGCGACUUCCAGACCAGUUUGAGUCAUACAAAUGUUUUCUAAACUUAUUGUAUUAUUGCAAUAAAUCUUUUAACAGUA